AUGGUGGGAUCUAUCAGAAUUUCCCUUUCAGACGCUCUAGCGAAGGGCAUGAAGCUCGACGAUAUUGAAAUUGUUUCCGAUGACGAUGACAUCAGUUGCUGCAGUACGGAGUCUGAUACGGUAAGCGACGAGGAUUGCAACGACUUCAGCGAUUCAUUUGACAGCGAAGACGACGACGGAGAUGAAGACAGCGUCGUGACUACGCGGAGCCAGGCCUUUGAACGAUUGAGUCAAACGUGCAUCCAAGCAGAAGCCAUGCUGCGGCUUGAAAUGGAACGCCUCGGCCUCCAUGAAGGAAAGCCCGCAUUGAUCGCCUUCCCGCGACGUUUCAGUGCACCUGAAUGCCUUGUGAACACGGGAAAGUCUGAGGGUCAAGUCGGCAUUGCUGCUUAA